GCGCCGAUGAACUCACUCCCGCCAUCCCUCCUCACUGCCUCGCCUGCCUGGCCUUUUGUCCAAGAUUUUUUACUCAUGUUGGUUUUAGUUAUUUUAGUCCUUUUUAGAGGCGGUUCCGAAUCAAGGAACCGUAGCGAAACGAGAACCGCAACUUCUUCCAGGGGCCGCUGGGCUCUUGGUGAGUCUCACAUGAAGGCAUGUUACGGCCGCCGCCCGUUGCUUCCUGUCAAACUACCUGGGUAGAGCUCCCUGUUCGACUUUCUCGCUGAGUCCCGCACUAGGUAACAAAAGUACCGUAUGUACGCAGUACAUUAAUUACCUAGAUGGGGGAACGUUGUUGCUGUUGUUGUUGUUGUUGUUGUUGUUGUUGUCUGCGUUUGAUUAUCCUCCACCGCACUCAAUAGGCAAAUCAGGCACCUUAAUAGCAGUCGGGCCUUCCCCAGGCACACACGCACGCGCAGCGCAGACCGACAAGAGAGCCGCUGGCUGUCAGGUAAGCGACCAAUAUUUCGGGUUUGACCGCCUCUUUCCGCCCACUAGGUUGGCUCUCGUUUGUGGUGUGUGUGUAUAUGUGUGUGUGUGUGUGUGUGUGUGUGUGUGUGUGUGUGUGUGUGUGCGCUUGCGUGCGUGCGUGUGUCAGUGAUCAUUA